UCUGCUGUUGAGUAUGUCCGAGCUGCCGAGAGAGAGCAGUGUCCCAGAGAUGAGAAGAGCGAAUGGCGUCAGACGCGUCCUGCGGGUGGCAGUAUGCGGCAGGAGUCUGGCCCAGGAGGCCCGGGAAGGCCCGAUGGCCGAAGCCGCCCGACCCACGGCGUGGGUGCCGGACCCUGCUCUCCGGCGCAUCCCCGUCAGCGCCCCGGGCCUGCUGUCGAUGCCCGGCUUACACCAGCAGCUGUCGUUCCGCGAGUACCUGGAGAAUUGCCCCCUGAUCCCGGUCCGGUUGCUGCGAGACUUCGAGGAGCGCCGCAGGCUGUUUGUGGAAGGCUGCAGGGCGAGGGAAGCUGCGUUCGAUGCGAACCCGCCGCAGAUGGACUUCGAUGCCGCAGCUUUUACUCUGGCUCUGACCACAGCGGAGGCCAUCAGCCCUCUGGCCGACUGAGGCGGCUGUGACGAGAUCGGUGGUAAGGGAGAGUCGCGUGACGGUUCGGAUCGAAAGGACAGACAGAGGCCUGUGCCGACGCGUUAGUGAUCAGGGGCGCGAAAUGCAAACCAGACGAGAAUGUGGCGAUGCACAGCUGCAGGGAGGAAGCACUCUCAGAAAAAAAGAACUAGGUACUCGAGAAUGGCGAAGCUUGUUUUCAAAGAGGUCCUGAGACAUUUCUGCUCACUAGUUUGUCAGCGAUUCUUUUUCCUGCGUUUGUGGAAAAUGUUUCACGAUUAUUUCACCGUAAAGGACGGUUUUGCAGAGACAAGAUCUGAGAAAAACUGUCAAUUACGGAACCCAUUGAAAUUAACCAAGAUGAUGAAAGAGGUGAAGGAAAUGCCGUGGUUAGGAAUCCAGGUGUGUCUGAAUUGUUAGGAUUGGAGGCUACUGAGAGAACUGUGAAAUUUCAGAAUCUGUAGUCAUCUCAUGUCAGUCAACAACUCUUAGUAUAAGACUAAUGUUUGUGUUUUCUGGGUUACUUUAAGUGAAUAGUAAAUACUCAAAUAGAAAAAACAUGUCAGAUAAAUAUGUUUUCAAGUCCAUGUGAAUUUGGGUAGGUGUGGGAAUAGAUUUGUUUUUGUUAAUUUUAAGCUUUUCGUUUUAGUCUAGAAUAUGUAAUCUCACAAGACUCAAAAAACAAAGUAUCAAAAGACGCUGCAAGAAAUCUCUG